UAAUAAUAAUAAUAAUAAUAAUAUGAUUCUAUCAAUGAAUAGUAAUAUAAGCAUUAUUACAACUAUUAUGCCACAUUCAAUAAAUGCAUGUUUAUCAAAACCAUUAAUUUAUAGUUUAUUAUCAAUGAAUUCAUUAUUAGAUCAAGAAACAUCUAGUCGAUUUGUACAAUUAUUAAAUGCAACAAUUUGGUCUGUUAUUGAUAAUGCUCCUAAUGAAAUUUCGCCAAAAGAUCGUUUCUUUGGUAUAUAUGAAAUUUAUUCACAUAUUUAUUUCUUACAAAAUAAAUUAGAUUUCCUACAUUCUGAUUUAUUCAUAUCUAUGUGUAUACAGAAUAGUUUACAUUUACCAUUACUAUUUAUCAUAUUAUGUCGAUUAAAUUACUUAUAUCGGUCGAUGAAUAAUAGUACAUUGUCAACCAUUCAUGAAGAACAUAAUAUGAUUAUUGCUGAUAGUAUGCAUUGGCUACAUUCUAUAGGAAUUUACUAUAUGAAUGGAAUUGAUGAUCGAUCAUUUCAACUUAACGGAUGGAUAUUAUUCUUAAAUUUUAUUAUUCAAUUAAUAUCUACAUCAAAAAUAAAUUUCUUCAAUAAUGAAUCAUGUUGUUUCAACCAUCCAGCAUGGUGUUCACAACGUUCUAAUCAUCAUGAUAUUCCUAAUAAUGAUGAUAUUUGUUCAUCUGAUUUUCUUUGUAAACGUUUAUCUGGAAUUUUAAAUGAACUCAGAAAUGCAAUAAUGGUAAGAUUAAAAAAGAAGAAAAUAAAUUUAACUGAGGAAAAAAUUGUACAACUUAAAAAACUAUGCACUUUUAUAGAAUGCCUAUGUUGUAUUCUUGAAGCAUGGAUGAUUAGUACUCAUUCAGUUGGAUUGUUGAAUUUAGAGAGAUUAAGUUGUUUAACACCAUCAAAUGAAUCUUCUGACGGUGCCAGAACUGAGGACAUUACAAAUAUGGAAGAGGGUAGUUCAAAAGAAUUGAAACAAUAUACCUUUGUUACUCAAGAUAAAUCAGUUGAUAAUACAAAUCCAACAGCUUCUAUAAUUUCUUCUCUUCUUAUACGAUUGAAAUCUAUUACAUUAAUUGAAGCUUAUCAAUAUUUGUGCCUUCAAUUUUGGACUGAUCUUAAACCAUAUGUUAAACAAAUUUUACAAAAUUCUUCAUUUACAUCACAAUUAUCGUCGUUACGAAUAUAAUAAUGGAUAAUAGUUGUAUUUAUUAUCAUUUAUAUCCUUAUUUUCAUUGUUAUUAUUAAGUCAUAUAAACUGUUCCCCAUCAAAUCUAAUUAACAAUAAUAUCAUUACACCUAUUUUUCUAUUUACAAUCAUUCAGAUUGGAUUAAAUGUGUGAAUUCCCUUUUCAGAUUUAAUAAUAUAUUCAAAAGAGAAUAUUAGAACUUCAGUCAAAUAGUUGACCUAUUCAUUUGUUGCUUUAUAUUCACUGUCGCAGACUCUAUCUCUCAUCCAAUAUCUAGGCAUUCAGUUAAAUAGUGUACCGCUAAAGUCAUCAUUAUCUACUGAGUAUUCUUUGAACUUUAGUCUAUAAAUCUGUAUUCAAUCAAUGGAUUAUAUGAAUUUUCGAAUUAGAUAAAUGAUGAUAAAAACGGUUGGUCAUUUGACCUCUGUAUCUUGUAGUAUUGCGUCUUGUGUGUGUAUGUUUUUAUAUUUGUAAAGAUUAUCCAAUAUUUCUAUCAUUUUAACAUGUAAUGAUAUAAAUGUGCUUUCAUGCAUGAUUUUGUUUUUCUUAUUAUUGUACAAUCGUGAUAUAUUUGCUAUUCGUUAUCGUUUUUUCAUAACCCUUUCAUUCUUUUUUUAUCUAUACCUUACUCGUCACUCAAUUCUUUUAUCAUUGUUCUACGCUGUAGCAAACAAAGUUUAUCCUGACUAUUUUUUCACCCUUAAUUUUGGUGUGUUUUUUUCUGUUUCUACUGUUCAAACUAACUUAUGAUAAUUUGUUCAAUUUAUUGAUUUCAGAGGUGCAGAUAUAUUUAUGCGUUUGU